AUGUCGUCCACGGGCCCUGUUGCCUUUGAACCACGAGCGACUAGGAAAGAAAAAGCUUCUGCCAAGCGUCCUUCGAAGCGUCCUUCAAAACUUCCUUCAAAACGUCCUUCAAAACUUCCUUCAAAGCGUCCUUCAAAGCGUCCUUGCAAAAAGUCUAGCAAGAAGCCUAGCAAGAAGCCUCCUGCGAAUCCUACCAAGCGUCUAACCGCACAUAUAAUCGUCCGUCCUACCGUUCGAACUAGCAAAGUCUCUACCAUCUCGACGCGUCCAGACACCUACAGAGUUCCUUCUCCUACCAAGGCUGUCAAUAUAUGCGAUGGGCUGAUCGAGUGCGAGAGCGAUUACGAUUUUCUUGACGACCAGCACAUAGGACUUUCUUUCGACGAAGCGUCGACUAGUGGGCCUGCUCGAACGUAUGAGCCUGAAUAUGCCGCUGGACAAGCAGUUAUCGAGAUCACAUCGCUGCCGUACGUCGAAACCCCUAAAUUCUUCCCUAUUGCGAAGCAAAACAACUUAACCUUCGACUUUAGCGGGAAAAAAGACAUUGCCUACAAAGUCAACGCUGCACAUCCUGCCGAUGCUGAAGGCUAUGUGGUAGAGCAUAUCAUCGAUUUGCAGACAGUCAAGCUGUUCAUUGAGAAGCUUAUUGGCGCGGGCGAGCCGAAGAACAAAUAUAUCAUCAAGAGCCCCAUAGGCGCUCAAUGGUUUGGGACCUGUUGGAAUGAAGAUCUUGAUGGCAAGAAGGUUGCUGGCCGGAUGAAUCCCAAUAGCCUUCCAGACCGCAACACUGUCAAUUCUCUCGUCUACCAAGCGCUUGGGAGCAAGGCCAAUUACGAGGACCUCGUGAUGCUGGAAGAACAGAUCAAUGAGAUGAAGAAGAGGCCAUGGAUGGGCUACAAUAUGUCCUCGCGAGGCAAGGAUGUGAAAGACCUUCAAGGUGGUGUUGUCAAGGUGGGUGAUGAGUGGAAGGAAUUCAUGCAGGAACAGCUUGAUUUUACGGCUGCGGGCGGGAAAGGUGCAGCCCAUAAGAUACCUCGCGAUAGUCUGCGCAAAAGUAUUGAAGAUACUAUCACCAAAGCCAAGGCUCACAAGCAAGAAUGGAAAAAAGACUCGAAGGAGUGGGAGGACAAGGCGACUAAAGAGCAGAACAGGCUCACGGCGACGAAGACCAAGCUCCGGACAGAGGCCGCCCAAUUAUCUACAAAAAACACAGAUCUCGAGAAGAAAGAGAGGACUGUGCAGAAGGACAUAGACAACGAGCCAGAUCCGACAAAACAACUAUCUCUCAAGAAGAACAAACUAGCAGCUGUUAAAAAAGACCUCUCGAUAUUCAGAGGCUAG